AUGGAUGCUGGUGAUGGCCAGCGAGACUCGCCGCUCUCAAUAAGCGCCAAUGUUGCAGGUAUCUUGACUUUUGUCGUUGCCAUUGCCGCGGCAUUUUAUGCUCGUCUCACGUAUUUACGAAAUAGUGAUGAUGAGUAUUUUCGCGUUAAAACAUCAUUGUCGUGGUAUAAGACCGAGUCCACAUGGCUGGCGGAUCUCGUGAAUGCCAUCAAUGCCCAGCAUGAGAGUUUUCAUGCAUAUCAACCCGAAUAUCAGAUGUAUAAUUUUGUCAUGGAUGAUCUGUUGAAUCUUGAGAAACGUCUACUCGACAUUGUUGACGAGACGGAAGCCAAAGCAAGCAUUGGCGACGAGGGCAAGAGAUGGACACUCUUGCCUCGGAGUUGGAACGGUCGCACAACUGCAGCGAGAAGGUUUGACAACGAGGGUGCAGUUUAUGCAAAUGAGCAUGAUCUCUUCUCGACUGCGGGAGCUGGAUUCGAGAACAAAAUGGCGGGAGAUGAAGAUGGACGAGAGCUCGCGUAA